AUGAAGCGCAUAUACAACUCAUUACUUACAACACAACCUCAUCAAAAGAUAAAUAUAACGACUCGAAGCCGUUGUUGUUAUUGGGUUUCUUGUAUCAUUACCAUUUAUUUUUUCCUUUUUAUACACUCUCUUGCUUCUCCUUCGCUCCACUUUUGCCGCCAUGACCAGAGGGAUGCUCUUUUGGAAUUCAGAGACGAGUUUCCGAUCUUCGACUCUAAACCAAGUCCGUGGAAUAAGAGCACCGACUGCUGUUUCUGGGAGGGUGUCAAGUGCGAUGAUAAAUCUGGCCAGGUUAUAUCACUCGACCUUAAUACAACUCUUCUCAACAACUCUUUGAAAACUAAUAGUAGUCUUUUUAGACUCGAGUCUCUUAGUAGCCUAGACCUGUCUGGUUGCAAUCUCCAAGGAGAGAUUCCUUCUUCACUAGGAAAUCUUUCUCGCCUCAUUCAUCUUGAGCUUUCUUCGAAUAGAUUGAUCGGAAAGAUUCCUUCUUCACUAGGAAACCUUUCUCGUCUCUCAGAUCUCAAACUAGGGUUCAAUCAAUUGGUAGGUGAAGUUCCAGCUUCCAUAGGAAACCUAAACGAACUAAGAGUCAUAUCACUUGAACGUAACAGUUUAAGUGGUAGUAUUCCUAAUUCUUUUACUAAUUUAACGAGGCUUUCCGAGUUUAGCAUCUACUAUAAUAACUUCACAUCGCUUCCAUCUGAUAUGAGUGGAUUCCACAACUUGGUGACUUUUUCUGUUAGUGCAAACUCAUUAGUCGGGCCUUUCCCUAAAUCUUUGUUCUCGAUUCCUUCACUAGAAUUGGUUUAUAUGGAUAGAAACCAAUUCACCGGACCUAUACAGUUUGAGAAUACAUCCUCAUCAUCUAAGCUUCAAUAUCUACUCCUUUCUCAUAAUAGAUUCGAUGGCUCCAUCCCAGAAUCCAUAUCUAAAUUUCCCAACCUCGUAUUAUUAUUUGUUGAUAACAACAAUAUCAGUGGGACUAUCCCUAGAUCUCUGUCAAAGCUAGCUAGCCUCAGUUUUUUUGGGGUUUACAACAACAAGUUGGAAGGUGAAGUACCAUCUUGGGUUUGGAAAUUGUCGUCAGCCAUGCUUUCACACAACUCUUUCAGCAGUUUUGAAAAAAUGUCUUCAAAAGAAACACUGAUCCAAGUGUUGGAUUUGAGUUCGAAUUCAUUUCGAGGGCCAUUUCCUCUUUGGAUCUGCAAGCAGCUGAGAGGGUUAAACUUCUUAGAUUUGUCCAACAAUCUCUUCAGCGGCUCUAUUCCUUCAUGUUUAAGGAACUUCAAUCUUACGGGGCUGAUUCUUCGAAACAACGACUUCAGUGGAACUCUUCCGGAUAUGUUUGCCAAUGCUACAAACUUACAAUCACUGGACAUUAGUCGCAACCAGCUGGAGGGUAAGUUUCCAAAGUCUUUGAUCAACUGCAAAGCGUUGCAAUUUUUGAAUGUUGAAGGCAACAAAAUCAAGGACAAGUUUCCAUCUUGGUUGGGAUCGCUGCCAUCUUUACAUGUCCUCAUCCUCAGAUCAAACGAGUUUUAUGGGCCAUUGCAUCAUCACGACGUGCCCAUUGGGUUUCAGAGUUUAAGAAUCGUCGAUAUAUCACACAAUGGCUUCAAUGGAACACUCCCACCUCAUUUUUUCUCCACUUGGCAUGAAAUGACUACAUUAGCCAAUGGAAGUUAUGAGUACGUUGAAGACAUCCAGAAUUUUUCUCUUAUUUAUCGCUCCAUGGAAAUGGUGAAUAAAGGAGUAGCAAUGAGUUUCGAGCGGAUCCGACAAGACUUCAGAGCCAUUGACUUUUCGGACAACAGAUUGUAUGGCGAAAUACCUGAUUCCGUUGGUUGUUUGGAGGAAUUACGAAUUCUCAACUUGUCAGGUAAUGCAUUCACAAGCGUUAUCCCACGAUUCUUGGCAAAUCUGACAAAGCUCGAGACGUUAGACCUAUCUUGUAACAAGCUAUCAGGUCAAAUCCCACAAGAUCUUAGUAAACUCUCUUUUCUAUCAUACAUGAACUUCUCCCAUAACAAUCUCCAAGGUCCAGUGCCACGGGGCACACAGUUUCAAAGACAGAAAUGUUCUUCAUUCUCAGACAACCAUGGACUCUACGGUCUUGAAGAAAUCUGUGGAGAAACUCAUGUUCGGAAUCCUACAUCACAGCAGCAAGAGGAGUUGUCAGAGGAGGAGGAAAAUAUGUUCAACUGGGUAGCAGCAGCAAUAGCCUAUGGACCCGGUGUAUUUUGUGGUUUGGUGAUCGGAUACAUCUUCACUUCACACAAUCAUGACUGGUUCACUGAAAAGUUUGGUCGGAAAAAACUGAGCACUUGUAAAAAUUUGGUCGGAAAAAACUGA